CCUCAGUGUGACUAAGCAGAGUCUCCCUCCUCCCCCAUUCCUGACACCCAGCACAUGGACUUCCGCGUUAUGGCAUUCAAUGUCCCGAGCCGAGGCCUCCGUACAGCAGCGCUUCUACUACACAUCCCGUCCCCGGGGAGCAGGCACCUCAUCCGGCCACUGUACACCGCCAUAUCAUCACCCCGCACCUUCACUACACUCCGCACCGAUCACUACCCGGGGGCCCGCUGUCACCCAUCACACCUCCGCAGGACCGUUACCAUGUCCGCUGCCCUGGACUCCGGGAGUCACCCGAAGAGGCGGCCGCACUGCUCCUUUGAUUAUGUGGUUAUCGGGGGAGGCUCCGGAGGACUGGCCAGUGCCCGGAGGGCGGCGGAGCUGGGGGCCAGGGCGGCUGUGGUGGAGAGCAGCAAGCUGGGGGGCACCUGUGUCAAUGUUGGCUGUGUUCCGAAAAAGAUAAUGUGGAAUGCUGCCAUUCACUCAGAGUACAUACAUGAUCAUGAAGACUAUGGAUUUCAGGUUUCCGAUCCAAAAUUUACCUGGAAGGUUAUUAAAGACAAACGAGAUGCCUACGUGAGCCGCCUUAAUGACAUCUACCAAAAUAAUCUGAACAAGGCUCAAAUAGAGAUAAUCCGAGGUUAUGCAACAUUUACAUCUGACCCAGAGCCAACACUAGAAGUCAAUGGCCUGAAGUACACAGCCCCUCACAUUCUUGUUGCCACAGGAGGCAAACCUUCAAUGCCAACAGAUGAAGAAGUACCAGGAGCAAGUUUAGGUAUCACGAGUGAUGGCUUUUUUGAACUUGAAGAUUUGCCUAAGCGGAGUAUCAUUGUGGGUGCUGGUUACAUUGCUGUUGAGAUAGCUGGCAUUCUUUCAGCUUUAGGAUCUAGAGCUGCUCUGCUGAUUCGCCAGGACAAGGUGCUGAGGACAUUUGAUUCCAUGAUUAGCACAAACUGCACAGAAGAGCUUGAAAAUGCAGGUGUUGAUGUUUGGAAAUAUGCAGAGGUAAAAUCUGUUAAAAAGACUGAUAAAGGUCUAGAGAUCAGUGUACAGUGCUCUGUGCCAGGACGGAAGCCAACAGUGAGAACAAUCCAGGAUGUUGACUGCCUACUGUGGGCUAUUGGAAGAGAUCCAAACACUGAGGGUUUGAACCUGGACUACCUGGGUCUUCAGUUAGAUGAUAAAGGUCACAUUGUAGUGGAUGAGUUCCAGAACACCAGUCGAAAGGGAAUUUAUGCUGUAGGGGAUGUAUGUGGAAGAGCACUAUUGACCCCUGUUGCCAUAGCGGCUGGAAGAAGAUUGGCUCAGAGAUUAUUUGAAGGGCAAGAGGAUUCCAAGCUUGACUAUAACAAUAUCCCAACAGUGGUCUUUAGCCACCCUCCAAUUGGGACUGUUGGCCUUACAGAAGAGGAAGCCGUACAGGCCAAGGGCAGAGAUAAUGUCAAGAUUUACACUACCUCUUUUUCACCAAUGUACCAUGCGGUUACCAAGAGGAAAACAAAAUGCGUCAUGAAGUUGGUCUGCGUUGACAAAGAAGAAAAGGUGGUUGGUUUACACAUGCAAGGAAUCGGGUGUGAUGAGAUGUUGCAAGGAUUUGCUGUGGCCAUUAAAAUGGGAGCUACUAAAAAAGACUUUGAUAACACCGUUGCCAUUCACCCCACCUCUUCAGAGGAGUUGGUUACUCUACGCUGAAGUUGUUGCUUUGUGCCUUGAUUAGAUACCAUUUUGCCACUAGCACUUCUCUGUCCUCUUGGAGCCACCUCCCACAGAUUACUCCAUCCUUAUUUAUGAACCACUUUCUUCCUUUUUUAUUUUUUAGUCUUUUGCAACUCGGCAAAAUAAUAUUCCAAAAUAUUUUUGACAAAGUACCGUAUAUAUUGAUUAUGCUUUUAAUGCAUUCCUAACAAAAAAUUUAACCGGAAAUACAAAAUCGGUUGUAUUUUAUAUAAAAAGGAACUGCAGUCUGCUCACAUAAUUUGUAAUAAAAACAUCUUUGCCAUUCUGAAGCUUCCCUCCAACCACUUUACAUAUUAUUUUAUAUAUACUGUGAUCCUGUACUUGCCAAAUAUACUGCAGAAAUAUCCCUUCACGGAGUCUGGCUGCAACAAUUUUAACUGUGGGCAGCUGAAGCUGCUUCCUUAUUAACUUCCUGUAUAUACACAGAGGCACACCUCCAGA